AUGUUGAAUCCUGAAUUUGCUGUGUUUCAGGUCCUGUUUGCUGCAGGAUUAUGGCAUUUCUUUUUCUUUGCUGUAUUGAUCUUUCUUGGGCCAUUUUAUUUAAAAAACUUGAUCUCUGCUGUUGUUGUCACCUCAUACGAAGUCGAGACUAUGUCCAUUAAUGAAGAGGUAUGUUGCAGAUGAUUUGUUGAGCGGACUUACCAACGAAAGGGUCAGGAAGGGUAGUAGAGGGAAAUAAGGUAUGGUAAGGUAUGUAUGGUAUGGUGUUGUAUUGGGCAUUGGAUGUUAUAUGUGUGUAUGGUAUGAUGUGAUGUGAUAUGGUAUGGUAUGGUAUGGUAUGGUAUGGUAUGAUAUGAUAUGAUAUGAUAUGAUAUGGUAUGGUAUGGUAUGGUAUGGUAUGGUAUGGUAUGGUAUGGUAGACGGCAAUAUGUACAAAAAAAUUCCAAAAAUCAAACUCACAAACUAUUUUUUCCCAAGGACGCCAAGAAUGGAGAACUCCUAGCCACGGCGUUCUCGGCUUUCACCUUGCCUGGAAACUCAAACAGAAUAAGCACCAAGAUACAGAAAGAUACGAACUGUAAUGUUGACGAGUAUGAUAGGCGGAAAAGUUAUGGAGAGUACGACAGACGAAAGAGUUAUGGGGAGUACGAUAGGCGAAAGAGUUAUGAAGAAUAUGAUAGGCGAAAAAGUUAUGAAGAAUAUGAUAGGCGAAAGAGUUAUGAAGUACCUUUAGAUAGUCAAUCUGAUAUUUACCAGCUGCGAGAGUUGGAGCACAGGGCGCCCAAUCAAGAUGAAAUAUCGAAUUCGCAAACGUCUAAAGAUGUCGCUUCUCUUCGUAAGGAAUUAUAUCGCUUAGUGAGCAGUCGAGAACUGGAGGUUUUUAUAACGUUCUGUAUUGUGGCAAAUACUGUUGUCAUGGCGACUGAACACUAUGGCAUGUCGUCCACGUUAGAUACUGUUAUCUCAGUGUCAAAUUAC